AUGCAGACCAGCGACAGAGAAUUGGCGGGGCUGAAUGGGCACUAUUUCGACUCUUCGAAAUAUGGGAUCCCAAUGAGACAGCACAGGUAUGCUGGGAUGAAACCUCACGCUGAUCUAUGUCUGACUCAGCUACAGAAACUCCAGCCCUUCUUCCCGCCACUCGAACCACUCCAAUCGUUAAACCUCCGCGCUGCGCUAUACCGAUGUCUGAACGAAUUGAAGAAGAACGGCGCUUUGGGAAGAGAGUCAGUUCUUAGGAAAACAAUGCUUGACGAGUGCAAAGGCGAGAAGUUCUACGAGAUACUGGCUAUAUUUUCGAAUGUCGUACUCAAAAAGGUUCUUGCAGCGCAAGACGGAGGUGACAGAGAUGCCGUUGUCGCAAGAAAACUGGCGACAGCGUCAACACUCUCAAUUGAACAGCAACGGUCAUUACUGCCCCUAGCUAUCGCACAUAAGGCAGCGCUCGUCAACGUGCUGAGACAGAAAGAAGAGAAGAGGCUGAAGUACAUGGAAUUCCAUGGUCUUCUGAACAAAAAGGCAGCAGAUAUCCGGGGUCGCAUACGCAAAUGCAAAGAUACCCCUCGAGCGCAAAAGCCAGCGAUACCACAGAAAGAAGCCAAUGCCAUCAAGAAACAGCUCAAGGACAACUGGGUUGGCAACCAACAGUGGCUCGACGUAAUGCUACGCGGCGAAAGCGUACAGGCGGACGAUGCGUUCCUAAACAGCCGUUUCGACAAAGUUUUGCAUAUGGUGGAAAAAGGCAGAAAACUAGAAGACGUCGCACCUGAGACUGGAUUACUGGAGAAUCUGCAAGCAAGAGUGCAAGAGCAACAGGAGAGGUUACAAAAGUGGAAGGCUUUCCAUGCUGAGCUACAAAACGACGAGUCAGGGAAGGAAACAUCAGGAAGCGGACAGACUACGGCGCCAGUAAAGGAGUUCCACUUCGAUGACCACUCGCAAUAUCAAUUGCCGUCGUCGAAGCACACCGCAGAAUCUGCGAGUGUAAAGCGGCCGACUAUGCGAACAGAGUUCCAAGACAUCCUGUCUGAUAUGGACAGUGAGCUGGCGCGAGCCGCCAAAUUCAGGGCUAGUACUGCAUCCACAAUUAUACAUCAUAGAAGUACCUCGACGGCAAAGACUGCUCGCCCACCACUUCUCACAAGGAAAUCUACUCAGACGGAGACGAUACGCAAAGCACCAGUGAUUCCAGCUAAGCCUGUCAAAUUACAGUCACCAUCAAGACCAAGCUCGUUAGAACAUGUCCCGGUCUUACCCAGACCAUCUCGGCACGUUCCGACAACUGCCACACCAAUCGACUCAGAUGCCACACUAAUUGGUCAAUCAUCUGCGUCGAGUAGGGCUACGACCCAGCACGACGCGUCACCGACGGAGACUGAUAACGAGCGCACACCAGUACUGGAGACUAGAUCUGCUGUUUCCGAGCCCGUCGUCGAUAACUCAUCGUCUGAAGCUGCCAAGACACUUACUAAUUUCUCAGAGCAAAAAACAGACCUCUCUCCCGAAAAGCUACUUGAGCCAUCGCCAGAAUACCCCUCUGAACCACCAAUCCCAACGUUCGAUCCCCCAGAACUCAAUGCUGAAGAAGCACUUGCCGACCAGAUCAUCAACUCCAUCGGUAAUGCGACCCCAUCUCCGAUCAAGAAACCUCAACCACGUAUGUCCCUUUCGCUCAUCGAACGCACACGCAUGACAAUGGCACGGACAAACUCUUUCGAACCUGUUCCAGAGUCACCUGAUCUCCCGUUGCCAUCUAUGGGACCACCACCUAUCCCUUCUAUCACUGGAGAUGAAGACGGCGACCGACGCGCAACACUGGCCGAACGAACCCGGCUCACCAUGGAAGCCAUGCAAUCCAACCCCCGCCCCACCGCCACAGCAAAGAAGGAACAGCGUAAAUCUAGCCGAUCAUCACUCUUCCCCGUCAACCAAUUCGAUACACCACGGAAUCGCAAAUCCUUCGAACUCCUAGAACAAGCAAAGCUCGAGAGCAUCGAGCGUACACCCACCGAGCAACUAUUCAGUGACGAAGUGGAUUACGAUAGGGUGUUCAAGUCAAGACCGAAGAUUGCCACAAGUCCGGUCUGGAGUCCUGAAGGCGGCGUUGGUGGUCAGGAAGAGUUUGGAAGUGACGGUGAAGAUGUGGAUGGUGUUACGGGUAUAGACCUGGGAGAUGUGGAUCAGGACGAUGAUGGAGAGGAUAGGUUUAAGGAGAGUUGGAUGGAUAGUCCUAGUCAUAAGAAGGGGGUGAGGAGUAUGAGAUCGGCUGGUGAAAGACAAGCCGACUACUACUUCGCAGCAAACUCGAAGGCCUAUGCUCAAGCAGUGGAGGGCGAUGUCUACGCUUUGAUAAAGAGCGGCACCAGUGUGAACCAGCCGUAUCCUGGAAAAGGCUCAAAUUGGUGGACCUUUGAACUUCCAGAACUCACCCGUAACGCCCGCGUGGACAGUAUCAAAGCGGUACCUAUCAACAGAGACGAUCGUAUGCCAUUGGGAGAAGACUAUGAGCGUUUCGAAUUGGGCGACGAAAAGGUGAUCUGGAGGAGAGGCGAUGAACCGAUUGGUUUCCCAGCAGAUGAGAUGCAUGGCGUCGCGAGGCCCGGUGAGCCAUGGGAGACUCUCCCGGAUGUGGAGAUCUCCUAA